GGGAGGUGAGAAAGAGAUUCUAAAUCUAUCAAAGCAAGAUGGCUGAAGUUGUGGAGCUCCAGAAACUAAAGCUUGCUGAACUGAAACAGGAGUGUGAAGUCAGGGGAUUGGAAGUGAAGGGAAACAAAGUGGACCUGAUAACACGACUGCAGGCAUAUCUGGAGGAGCAUGAGGAUGACAUCGGCCUAAAUGAAGAAGAUGUGCUGGGAGAUGAGCCAGGGGACCUCUCGAAAGAGGAGGAUGCUAUCACUGAGGAAAUCGAUGAGAAACCUGUAGCUGUGUCUGAGACGGUUGAAAAGAAAGUGGUAAAAAUCACCCCCCCAGCAUCUGUGGACGAGAGGUUGAAGAAAAGAGCAGAACGCUUCAGUGUCCCUGUGUCAGCUGACAAUAAAAAGGCUAUACGUGCUGAACGGUUUGGUUUGCCCGCUGCUGCUCCCCCCAAGUCUGCUCCAGGUGUAACUGGGAAUACAUCCACUCCGGUCAGCGUUGAACAGCUAAAAAAGCGAGCAGAGCGAUUUGGAGGGAAUGUUUCUUCAGUUUCAAAGAAGGUUGAAGAGGAUGAGAAACUGAAGAAGCGGAAAGAAAGAUUUGGGAUCCUUACUGCCGCUGCAACAGUCACACCUGACGUUGAGGCAAAGAAGCUGAAGCGUUCUGAGCGAUUUGGGAAUGUGAUUGUGUAAAUUCUGAUUUAAUGGUUUUAUAAUGAUUUUUAUUUUGUGUUGCAAACAGAACUGAAAUGUACUGUAUAUAGCAUGUCAUCAAUUGUCAGUUGUAAUACUUUGUUAUUAAACUAGUCUAAUUCUUUU